UCCCACGUCUCCUGCUACAACUGUGCAAAAUUCUCACUCAUCUUCUUCGAGUGACUGUACUGGUUAGGGUUUAUUCGAUUGCACUUCGAUCUCGUAAUCUCUCGGAUUCCUCCCCCGAUCUAGGUCAAUGACCUCACUACUCCUCCUCAGAACACUCCCUCUCCUCCGCAGCGGUUUUCUCUCCCACCGUCAUCAAGCAAGCAUCGCAGCGGCCGGGUUUCUCUCUCGCCGUCAGCGUCUGCUGUGUUCCCUUGCCGAAAAACCACAGUUGCGCGAGGAUGAUUCUCCCGGGGAGGAAGGCUCUGCCACGGCGGCGAUCAGCUCGACGCCGUCUCCCGGUGGUGACAACUGGCGUUUCGAAGAUCCUGAUUAUCGGAAGUGGAAGAACCGGGAGGCGGAGAUCCUUCGAGAUAUUGAACCUGUCGCUCUUCUCGCCAAAGAUAUUCUUCAUUCGGAUAGGUAUUUGGAUGGAGAACGCUUAGACUUUGAGGAUGAGAAAAUUGUCAUGGAAAAGCUUCUGGCUUAUCACCCCUACUCCAAAGACAAAAUUGGCUGCGGUCUUGAUUUUAUAAUGGUUGAUCGGCAUCCUCAGUUCAGGCACUCGAGGUGUCUCUUUGUUGUGAGAACAGAUGGUGGAUGGAUAGAUUUCUCAUACCAGAAGUGUCUUCGAGCCUACGUUCGUGAUAGGUACCCGUCUCACGCGGAGAGAUUUAUUCGUGAACAUUUUAAGCGUGCUAGUAGCUAAAUCAUAACUGGUUCCUGCUGUAAUACCGUCCGACUCAUCAUCAAUAGCAAGCAAUUCUCAUUUAAAUUUUGCUGCUUCCCCCCCCUUAUUGAAGAAGUUACACAGAACGAAAUCAGUUGUAUGUAAGGCUUUGUUGUAUAAAAUUUGGAAUGGCUCUCAAUGCAUUGGUAGGCUUGAAUCAAUUAGAAUAAAUAGCAGAUACAGUGCAUUUGAUA